CUCUCUUUGAAAUGAAAAUCAUAAUUAGUUGCUUUUUUGUAGUUUCAGCAAUGAAUGCAAUAGGUCUUAUUGGAGAGUCAGAAGGAGGCGUCGUUACCUGUACCAUAGGAAAAGUUCCCCUUGGGCAAGUAAAACUAAAUGAUGCUGCUUGUGCAGCCAAGUGUUUAGCUCAACGACAUAAGGGAGGUUAUUGUGACGGAAUCCAUUGUCGUUGCCGUGAUUAAUAAGUGUAAAAUUUUGUAAUAACUAUUAUAAAGAUUAUUAAAAUAAUUUAGGUAUAGGUGUAUUUUUUAUUUUCUUUUCUUUCCAUUAAU